AUGCGCUCCGACGUUCCUCGUCUUGGCAGGGCAAUAUGGGAUGAAGAGGAAGUCGACGAUAUCAGAAGGCGCGAGGAACCCCUCAGGCAGGAGCGCCAGCAUGAUAGAGAAGACUACGAGCUUCGGCACAGACAAGAGCUCGACCACCGCCAGCUAGACUUCCGCCAACUCGAGAUCCGCCAACGUCAGGAACUCGACCUCCGUCAGCGUCAUCCAAAUGAUAUCAUUCUCAGACAGCGCGAAGAGAUCCUUCGGCAACAAGAGCUUGAGCGUUGGCAGGGUGAGAGUCUUCUUCGCGCACAGGAAGAAGCCGCUGCAUGGAAAGUAGAAGAUAUGCGCGGGCGGAGAGACACAUUGCAUCAUUCUCCCCGGGAAGACUCCCAACAUCGGGACAGAUCCUCACGUCGCCAAUCAUCUCUACAUCGUCCCAAACGCGAUACCUCUCUCCAUCCUACGCGCGAUCCCCUCCUCCACCCAGACGAUAUGGACCCUCGAUAUCGCGAACAACUGCUGAGGCAGCGCGAUCAGGAACUGUUGCGUCAACAAGAGGAGCAGAGAAGGCAGGAGAUAGAACGGGAGUUGCAGCGUCAAGAACUUGAGCGUCGGCAGGGCGAGGAACUUCUUCGACAGCAAGAAGAGGCUGCUGCUCGGCAAGUAGAGGAGAUAAGAGUACGUCAGGAGCAACGCCGUCGGGAGGAAAUGGCUUUGAGGCAGAAGGAGGCAGAGGCGAGGAGGCGCGAGGAAGAAGAGGCCCAGCUGAAGGCCAAGGCUGAGAUCGAACGCAUUCGUGCAGAAGCCGAGCAGCGUCAGCGUGAAGAACUCAUCCGAAAGCGGCAGGAGGAGGAAAUCGAGAAGCGACGUUAUCAAGAAGAGCUCGAGAAACGGAGGGUAGAAGAGGAGCUUGAGCGCAGACGACACGAAGAAGAAGCUGAACGCAGACGCCAGGAAGAGGAGAUUGAGCGCCGACGCCAGGAAGAGGAGGCUGAGCGCCGACGCCAGGAAGAGGAGGCUGAGCGCCGACGCAAGGAGGAAGAUGCCCAGCGACGACGUGUUGCAGAGGCUGAACUACGUCAGCGUGCAGAAGCUGAGCUACGUCAACGUGCAGAAGCUGAGCUACGUCAACGUGCAGAGGCCGAGCGCGCAGAAGCUGUGCGUGCUGAGCUUGAGCAUCGCCAACGCGUCGAGCGUGAACAGCGCCGCCGGGAUGAAGAGCAGAAACGACAAGAAGAGCUCGAGCGGAUGCAGCGCGAGGUCAUGUUGCAUCGGCAGCGAGAGGAGGCUUUGCUCAAGCAGAGAGAAGAAGCACGCAAGAUCCGGGAGGAAGAAGAUCGUGCACGCAAGCUGCGUGAACAAGCCGAGAGGAAGGAACGGGAAGACCUUGAACUCAAGCGUCUCGAGGAGCUCGAACUACAGGCUCGGCGAGAAGAGGCUGAACGUAGGCAGAAGGAGGAGACCGAACGCCAGCGUGCAGAGCUCGAACGCAGGCAAUUGGAGGAACUUGAACGCCAGCAACGAGAAGCAGCCGAGCGAUUACGACUGGCCGAAGAGGCUGAACGCAAGGAACGGGAAGCCCUCGAACGUGAGCAGCGGGAGGAGCUUGACCGCCAACGAUUGGCGGAGGAACAGCGUCAACGAGAGGAACAGGAACAGCGUCAACGAGAGGAACAGGAACAGCGCCAACGAGAGGAACUCCAGUGGAAACAGCGUUCAGAAGCUCUGCGACGACAGCAAGAAGAACUCGCGCUUCAACAGCAGCAGGAGCUUGAGCGCCGACAGCAGCUUGAGCAGAUGCAUUUGGACGAACUCCAGCAGGAUGAAGAUAUCGACACGAGUCCGUAUACUGUGGAAGGCGACGACGAACAGCCACAGCCAUCUAUACCUGCCUCUACAUCCGGCUCCCCGGCUAUCCAAGCUUCGCCCCCGGCAUGCGAGGAUAGUGCAGAACGUAACUUGCCUCCAAUGUAUCGUGGUAAGACAAAGGUACAUUCUCCGUCGCUCCCGCCUCCUCAACCAAGUAAGGUGGAGGAGCAGGAGGCGCGCCUUCCUUCUCCCAUCCACGCCACUGCAUCCUCCGCUACGGAAGGCCCACAAUCCCCUUUAUACCCGUCUUCCACCCGUGUAUCUCCUGUUUGUCCCUUCCACUCUCCCAAACACAAGCCUGAGCCUUCUUCUAUGGAUGUAGACGAAGAGCUCCUGAGUCUUAUCGAGGAUCGCCCAUCAUCACAUCACAAAGCUUCGCGUCCAAAACCCAAACCUUCGCCUUCUCCACAACGCCCAUCUCCUCCAGAUGAUGAGCUCAUGCCUCCUCCUCCUGCAGCGCCUACCAAAAAGAAGGCUGAGUCAGCAAAAUCCGGGAAGAAGAAAGGGAUGGCUGCUCCCAAGCCCCCUCCGAAACCCAAGCCUCCACCAAAAGGGCGCGCAAAACCUCCUGCAAAGAUAAAAGCCAAGGAACCUACGCCGAAAGAUGUUCUUAAGAAUAGUCUCUUUGCGAAGCAUGCUGCGGCCUCACGGUCACGAUCUGCGUCUGUCAUGCCUGUCGACACAAAGGAGGAGCCGGAAGACGAGGACAGCGAAAGGGAGGAUGAUAAGCUGUACUGCGUGUGCAAAACACGAUACGAUGAAGAUCGAGUCAUGAUUGCAUGCGAUCGCUGUGACGAAUGGUAUCAUACGCAGUGCGUCAACAUGCCCGAGCUUGAGGUCGAUCUUGUGGAUCAGUUCAUCUGCCCGGUGUGCAUUCAAAGUGGGUCAUCACUCCAUGCAAAGAUCCAACUUGUUCAUUCCUUGGAUGCGUUUGCAGCUAACCCUCACUUGCACCUUCAAACAACGUAUAAGCGCCGCUGCUUUUUCGGGUUGAAGCAUACAGAUCCGUUGUCGUCGCAUGCGUGCCACAAACCCUCUCGAGGUGCAUUUUCCAAGUAUUGUUCCGACGAAUGCGGCAUCAAGUACAUGCAGAUGCGCAUUUCGCAAUGGGAGCGUAGCGGUGGCAAACGCGACAAGCUAUGGGAAAGCGUCAAGAACGCAGAAAAGCGUGAGGGCGUCGUCGUCUGUGCAGACGUGAAGAUGGAGAUCGACAGUAAGCCAACACCUACGCCUAUUUCUGCACAGAAGCGCAAGGCGGAUCGUGAAAUUGCAUGCUUGAAUUUGCGCCUUGAAAAUGUAGUGAGGGAGCGGGAGAUGAUGAAGCGUGAGAUGGAUAUGGUGCUGUGGAGGGAAAAAUUGGUGAAACUUGCUUCUGAGCGCGCGGAAAGCGUGGAUGAAUGUGGGUGGGAUCAGAGGCUUUGUUUUGGUGAAGAGGAGUGGGAUGAUUUUGGUGCAGAGGUGUUGGAGAGCUACGAGGAGAAGGCAAAGGAGGAAGCAUCAGAUGACGUCAUGCAGGUGGAUGGUGUCACGACGAGUCAUGGGGAAUGGUGGUGUACGGGGAAGAAAAAGUGCGAGCGACAUGCAGGGUGGCAAAAACUACGCGUUGCCGAGGUUGCUUUCGAUAAGGAAACGAAGGAAACGAUCCUCUCCACUCUCACCACUCGCGAACGGGAAAUAAGGAAAGGAAUCGAAGACAUUUUAUACCCACCAACAACGAAUGCCUCUCAGGUGCCGUCCAAGCCCUCACUUCCAGAUACGCCACUUAACGGCGCUAGCAAACCUCGGGUUAACGGGGAGGCUGUAGAAAAGGGAAAGAAGAAGAAAUCUUAA